CAUGGGUCCCUCCCUUCUUCUUCUACUUCUUACUCCCUCCUUUUCUCUCUUUGCUUAAAAGCAAAUUGGUUGCUCUCAUUUCAUCACAACAUUUAAUUCCUCUUACAAUUCUAAGAAAGUGUCAUUUCAAUCCACAACAUGAAAAAACUAGACCUUUUUUGCAAAUCUAGAGCUUCCACGGCGGUUCGUUCAAGUUUUGGCCGCCGUCCGGUUGCCGGAGAUGCCCACUCCGGCGAUCGGAGAAAAGGGCAGCUUCAUUUUGAGAAUCACAGAAAGAGUACGAGCUGUUCCACUGUGAAUCGAAAGGAACUUAAUGAUUUACGAAGAAAAAGCUGUGCUGAUGUUGAUGAUUUGAAGAGCCCUGUUUCUGGUUCCUCUGCUCGCUAUCUUUUGGGUGAUUCGCCGUUCCUUGACUGGUUUCCGGCGGUAUCUGGCGAGGAUUUUCCGGCGCCGAUGCCGGAGAAGAGGAAGAUAAUAAGCAAUAGUUCAGAGAAAUCUUGUUCGUUGAGUCGGUCAUUGACUGUCCAUGAAUAUCGUGGCCUCAAAUCUCCUUCCUCUGUUCUUGAAUCCCCUGUUUUAAAAACAUCUUCUUUGACUCACUCUCGUGAUCAGGUGGUGGUUCUGAAGGUUUCACUGAACUGCAAAGGCUGCGAAAAGAAGGUGAAAAAGCAUAUCUCAAAGAUGGAAGGGGUGACCUCAUAUAGUGUGGAUUUCACAACAAAAAAAGUGACCAUAAUUGGAGAUUUAACCCCUUUUGAUGUCUUGGCCAGUGUGUCAAAAGUGAAGUAUGCUCAGUUUUGGCAAUCACCAAAUUCUUCUUCAUCUUCAACUCCACAAUCAUCCUCCUCCUCAUCAUCAUCAUCAACAUUUUGAUUAAUGAAAAGCAAAUAUUUUGCUACAAAAAUCCCAUUUGGGGUUUACUUGUAUUAUGCAGAAAGGUUGCAGAAUCCAUGGGGUUUUUUAUUUUCCUUCUUUUUUGGGUGUAAAUCUUGCUGUUUUUCUGAGGGAGUUGUAGUAGUAGUACUUUUGCAUUUCCCUAUGGUCUAGUUUGGGAAAUAAAUGAAAAGACUCGUCUCGUCUCGUCUCACUGUUUUUGAGAUCAAAUCUCAAUGCAUUAGAGUAAAUAAUCCUUCGAUGCAGGUUUGAAAUCUA